AUGGUUUAUCCUACCCCAAUUCUCGCGCCGCUUAAUACCAGCAACGGAGGCCCAGAUCUUUCUCUGGUUCCUGACUCUGAAAUCCCGUCGAUUGCGCUUCCCAGCCAAUUCGACAGUCCCCCUCUUACUGAUACGCGCUCGUCAGACUCGAAUACUGGAAUUGCGGCCGAGAUGUCGAAAUCCAAGGACAGCGGCUCCUCUGGGAGUUUUCAUCAGGAGUACAUCGCGUCUUUACGUUAUCGGAAUGAUCUGCCUCCGCCGGAUAUGCCACCCAAGUUCCUCGAUAUCCCGCAUGAGGGUCUGCAGAGAUUCCUAACGCCUGGUUUCGCCUCUAACUUGGCGCGACGUGAGGAGCCCAAUAUCGAUGUUGAUGCCGAGGGUGGUAUGCCGAUAGACCUUGUCGGUAUUCCGGGGCUGCAUUUGGGCGACGAGAGUGCUAUUAUGGCACCCGAAACCCCGCAACCGAUUGAUCCCGCCGACCUUCCGCUGCUUAUGACUUUAGACCAGCUCAAGAACCCCGCCCCCAAGAACGCGAACGUCAGUUUCCUUCGUCGGACGCAAUAUAUCUCUGCCGGUCUCCGCGCACCCGACGGUCCCAAGGUCACACCUAUCAGAGCAAAGGCCCGUUCCGCCGACAAAGCAAAAUCUCAGGAUGAUCCCAUGUACAUCAAAAAAUACAUUCAAAAAGGCUUCGAUAUUGCUUAUCCGGAUAGCAGACAUGUUGGGGAGGAUACACCGAGCAGAAUCAAGGGCCACACUCCUACCAAAACUGAGGUCGACGCUUGGGCUCACCCCGUUCAUCCUGACAAUCCGAAGCUCAAGCCGGUUGGGUUCUACCCUCUGCUCCCCGAUCUACAAGGAUUCCCGGACCCCGGAGGAUUCGUUCAGUUCAAGUUCGACAAAGCGCCUGUUCAGGGUGUUUCAGGGAAACGGGACGAGCGCAUGGACGUGGCCAUUCUUCUUCCUUCCGCACCAGAAGAGCGAGUCUGUCAGGAGCAUGCGACCAAAGCCGCUUUACACAAGUCGAAUCCCGAAUUGUACCCUGAUCCCGGUCCGAUACCGUGGGAUUACGAUCUCUUCUUGCCGGAGAAGAAGGACGCGGCCAAGGAAGUCAUUGCGAGCCUACGGCUUUCGAACCCCGAUCGCGACAGUGAAGUUUUGUACACUCAUGAAGGAACGGAUGGGACGAGGUUCCAUCGUUACGAACGCAUGCGCACAUACGCCACUAGUGCUCAGACCCUCGGCAAUGACUCGAAGCAGCGCGAUGUCGCUCUGACCCUUUUCGAUCCAGCGGAGGCGAAGGAAGGACAGCAGACAAAACAGAGAGGUGCAUACUACUAUCCUAUCCUCGGAAAGACCCGUCUGAAGCCCGAGCGGGCGCGUACCAUUGCGCAGGCGGGUCUUGCUCCCACGCGGCCCAAGACAAAGGAGGACCAGGUAGACCAAAUUCAGGUUGUUGUCCGCGAUCCAGAUGAGGCAGAGGUAUACAAACGCUCUCUACAUAGAGCGGCCAUUGAUCCGAAAUUUGCAAAAUCUCUCCCCCCGCCUCCCGAACCUGAACCUGCUCCUGAGCAGGAACAUCCUGAGACCCGCGACUCUGACCGAGGAGAAGAGGCGGCUGAAGAUCGCAAUCACCAGCCAACCGCUGCAGAUGUGAGCGACGAAGAAGACAGGAUGAGCGACGAAUAG